AUGAAUUUCACUUCUUGCGAAUUACUGAACGAUUAUGAAUACCUGUACAGUCUAACUAGUAAACGAAAUGGUAGUAAUCCUUUACCUUCAUUGGCCAAUUUAUCCCGCCAAUUACUUAAUUGCAAUACGGGUAAACUAUUCGCUUAUUGGUUAAUUUCCUACCCGCCAAUUCCUAACUGGAUCCAUUAUACAGUUGGUUCUUUCAUGAUUUUCGUCAUGAUAAUCGGUGUCUCUGGAAACGUUAUAGCCUUUUGGAUCUUUUCUAGUACAAAAUCGUUACGCACUCCGUCAAAUCUCUUACUCCUAAAUUUGGUGUUCAGCGAUUCCAUGAUCCUAUUAUCCAAUUGCCCUCUCAGCAUAAUCGCGAUAUUCAGAAAAAAUUGGUACCUUAAAGAUCUGGGUUGCAACUUUUACGGAUUUACUGGAGGCUUAUUUGGCCUAUUAUCGAUCAAUACCAUAGCAUCGAUAGCGUGCGAUCGCGCGUUUGUCAUCGUAAACAGCCUCAAGGUCAAAAAAAUCAACUACAAGCAGGCCAUAUUUAUAAUCAUCCUCAUUUGGUCGUAUUGUCUCUUCUGGUGUCUUUUACCACUGGGCGCUUGGAGUUCUUACGUGUUCGAAGGUCCUCUCACAUCUUGCACCAUAAAUUACGUCAGUAGGGACAAAUCAACUAUUUCCUAUGCCCUAUGCCUCUUCAUAUUUUGCUUUUUGACGCCACUGUCCAUCAUCACGAUCUCGUAUAUCAUCAUAUUUCGGACGAUCUUCAUGAAAAACAAAAAAAUCACCCUGCAAUUGAAUAGGAACUCCGCCUCGAGACAUCUCGUACAUCCACGCGGAUACGCGUUAAAUAUUAAAAUCGCAAAAAUGUCCAUUUAUCUACUGAUUGGAUUUUUAGUAGCUUGGGGGCCUUACGCAAGCCUGCUCGUCAUAUCGCUGAUCGGCAAGACGUCAAUUAUCACGCCGAUAGUAACUUUAUUUCCGGCCAUGUUCGCGAAAACGUCUGCUGUAUACAAUCCAUUCAUCUACGCGUUCACAUACCAGAAUUACAAAAAGGCAUUGCUUAGAAAAUUCGAAUAUUCCUGGUGCAAAAAUUACCUAAAAAAUGACAAUCUUUUAGGGUUCAGUCAGCUUUCGCAUAGUAAAAUUAGAUCGACUAUACAUAGAAAUACUGCACUAUAA